GCACGCGCGCGGUCCCCCCGGUCGCGAGGAGGAGGAGGAGGAUGUGGCGCGCGGAGGGGAAAUGGCUGCCGAAAACAAGCCGGAAGGACUGAAGAGAAUACGUAAUCCGGAUCGAAUGUACAGAUCGGCCGUCGGUUAUGCCGGCCACGCUCCUCCUAAGGGUGUCAGUGAUGACACGGAGAUGAACAAUGAACAUGGACAUUUGAAAAUAUACCUGCCCAAAAAGCUGCUUGAAUGUCUGCCGAAGUGUUCCUCGCUGCCCAAGGAAAGACACCGGUGGAACACCAAUGAGGAAAUUGCGGCCUACUUGAUAACGUUUGAGAAGCAUGAAGAGUGGUUAACAACAUCCCCGAAAACAAGGCCACAGAAUGGCUCCAUGAUACUGUACAACAGGAAGAAGGUGAAGUACCGGAAGGAUGGCUACUGCUGGAAGAAGCGCAAGGAUGGCAAGACCACACGGGAGGAUCACAUGAAGCUGAAAGUACAGGGUGUGGAGUGUCUCUACGGCUGCUACGUCCACUCCUCCAUCAUCCCCACUUUCCACCGCAGGUGCUACUGGCUGCUCCAGAACCCCGACAUCGUGCUGGUGCACUACCUGAACGUGCCGGCCAUCGAGGAUUGCGGAAAGCCGUGCGGGCCCAUCCUGUGUUCCAUCAACACGGACAAGAAGGAGUGGGCCAAGUGGACCAAGGAGGAGCUCAUCGGUCAACUCAAGCCUAUGUUUCAUGGCAUCAAGUGGACUUGCAGCAACGGGAACAGCAGCACCGGCUUCUCUGUGGAGCAGCUGGUGCAGCAGAUACUGGACAGCCACCAGACCAAGCCACCGCCCCGGACUCACAACUGUCUCUGCACAGGCACUCUGGGUGCAGGAAGCAGUUUGCAUCACAAGUGCAACAGCGCCAAGCACCGCAUCAUCUCCCCCAAGGUCGAUCCGCGCUCCGUGGCCUACAGCGGCGGGCACUCCGAGGUGCAGAACAACGAUGUCUCCGAAGGCAAGACCGAGCACAGCCACGGAGGAGGUGGGGCCAAGAGCGUCCGGGCAGGGGCCGAGGGCGGGGGCGGCACCCGAGAAAAGCGCAACGGCAAGGUGCAGAAGCCGGCACUGCUGCACCAGAGCAGUACGGAGGUAUCCUCCACAAACCAGGUGGAAGUGCCAGACACCACCCAGAACUCACCCGUGUCCAUCAGCAGCGGCCUCAACAGUGACCCCGAUGUGGCCGACAGCCCCGUGGUGGCAGCCAUGGGCCACAUGGCCUCCGUCAUGGGCGGCCUAUCCCAGAGCGCCACGGUCUUUAUGUCGGAAGUGACCGGCGAGCCCGUCUACAGCAUGUCUCCCACGGGCCCCAAUUCCCACCUUAUAGGGCCCGACGCAUCCUCACAGGGCCUGGUGCUGGCUGUUACCUCCGACAGCCACAAGUUUGCCUACCCUAGCGCGGGGGGUGCAGCUGGGAGCAGAGCGGGUGCCUCGGAAGGGCUGGCCAUGCUGUCGGCUCCCGGUGUGUCGGAGGAGCUCGUCCUCUCCAGCAGUCUGGAUUCCGGGGGCAUCAAGUUGCCUGAGACCACCAUGAACUUUGAUCCUGACUGCUUCCUUAACAACCCCAAACAGGGCCAGACCUAUGGAGGCAACGGGCUGAAGAGUGAGGGCGCCGCCAACUCCGGAGGCAGCGGGUGCAGCAACGGGAGCCUCUGCCGUUCUCCUCCAAUCACUGACAACGGGUACGGAUUCAAUGCCUCACUGGUCAAGAACAUCAAGACGGAGGACACUUCCUUUGAACAGCAGCUGGCUAAGGAGAGCGGCUACCAGAUGGGGGAGGUGGUUAGCGGCGGAGGCAACGUGACCGGUUCUGUGGGAACAGCAACCGCCCAGGGUUCUCUCACUCUGACGCCCACGGGCUCCCUGGUGCCCUCGGGCGGUGGCCUCAGUCCCAGCACCACCCUGGAGCAGAUGGAUUUCAGUGCCAUUGAGCCCAAACAGGACUACUCCUCUGGGACCGUGACCGCAGGAUAUGGCCAGCCCAUGUCCAGCCCCCACCUGGCACACCAGAGCCGCUCACCCAGCUUCUUCCUCCAAGAUGCACCACCGACCCAGCCAGCGUCACAAAGCGGCCAGGGCUCCGGGCAGAAAGCACACCUGCUGGAGCAGAACUCCCACGACUCUGGGUCCUAUCUAGGCCUGCAAGUGAUCAAGACUGACUCCCCCAGUAGCAACGGGCACCUCCAUCAGCGCCAUGCCCACCAGGGUCAGCACAACGCCAGCAGCUGCAACGGGAGCCCCCCGGCAGAGCGACACAGCCCACCUGGAUCGCUGCAGCUGCUCCAGUACCAGGGGGGCUUCCCCGGGCUGGGAGCCGAGCAUGAGGAGGUUGUGGGAAUGGAACAGCCGGGAAAUCCAGGGGAAGGCCAGUCGGGAGGCUCGGAGAACAGGGUGGAGGGACUACACAAGUCUGGGGAUCAUCUGCAGGCUUGUGGGGGCCCAAGCGCAGAUGGUGGGGUGGGUACAGAGAGUUACCUGCAGACAGCCUCCGACAGCGGAGGGAGAGGCACACCAGGGUCUGGGGCAGGUGACGGAGGGACACUGCACAAUGGGAGCACCAGCAAUGGCACCAGCGGGAGCCCCCAUCAGCAGCUGCAGCCCCUUCUGCAGGGGGCAGGCUUGGUGCAGGGGCUCUACAACACAAUGGGGACCCACCAGGGCUUAGGUGGAGCCGGCACCAGCGGAGGAGGCAUGGAGAUCAACCUGGACCAUUUUGAUAUCUCCUUCGGGAACCAGUUCUCUGAUCUCAUCAAUGACUUCAUGUCUGUGGAAGGAGGCGGGGCCACGGUGGGGCAGGGCGGAGCCAUAUACGCUCACCAGCUCAUGAGCCAGGCUGGUGCAGAGAGCCAGACCUCGAGCACGGUGGCCGCUCAGGCGAGUCAGGAGGACGCAGGCGGCCGAGGGGCUGGCUACAGCCCCUCUGAGCUUUGUCUGCAGCCCUGCUGCAGCCCCCAGUCCCUGGGUGGAGGGGGCGGGGCUGGGGGAGCGACGGGAGAAGCAGCCUCGUUGGCCUAUAUGCACGUGGCGGAGGUGGUGUCAGCCGCUGUCGUGCACGGUGCUCUUGGGAUGCUGCAGGCCACCGGAAGGCUCUUCAUGGUGACCGAUUACUCCCCUGAGUGGUCCUACCCUGAGGGUGGUGUGAAGGUGCUCAUCACAGGCCCCUGGCAGGAGGCCAGCAGCAGCUAUAGCUGCUUAUUUGACCAGAUCACAGUGCCAGCCUCGCUCAUCCAGCCCGGGGUGCUGCGCUGCUACUGCCCAGCCCACGACACAGGCCUGGUCACCCUGCAGGUGGCAGUCAGCAACCAGAUCAUUUCCAACUCCGUGGUGUUUGAGUACAAGGCCCGUGCCCUGCCCGCGCUGCCCUCCUCCCAGCACGACUGGUUGUCUCUGGAUGAUAACCAGUUCAGAAUGUCCAUCCUGGAGAGGUUGGAGCAGAUGGAACGCAGGAUGGCCGAGAUGGCGGGCCUCCAUCAGCAGGGGGCUGGAGGAGCCUCCGGGACUGGAGGAGGUGGAGGAGGGGGUGGAGGAGGUGGAGGAGGAGGGGGAGGAGGAGGAGGUGGUGGCACUGGUGGAAGUGGGGGCAACGGGGGCAGCGCAAGUCAGUCACAGUUUGUUGCAGGCCAAGGUCCCGCUGGCAGCUCCUUUGAGAGCCGGGUGGUGGUGGUGUGCGAGAAGAUGAUGAACCGGACCUGCUGGGCCAAAUCCAAACAUCUCAUCCACUCCAAGACCUUCCGUGGCAUGACGCUGUUGCACCUGGCGGCUGCACAGGGCUACGCUACACUCAUUCAGACGCUCAUAAAGUGGCGCAACAAGCAUGUAGACAGCAUUGACCUGGAGCUGGAGGUGGACCCCCUCAACGUAGACCACUUCUCCUGCACUCCCCUGAUGUGGGCAUGCGCUCUGGGACACCUGGAGGCUGCACUGGUGCUAUAUAAGUGGGACCGGCGAGCGCUGGCCAUCCCGGACUCCUUGGGCCGGCUGCCCCUGGCCAUUGCACGCUCCCGUGGGCACACCAAGUUGGCUGAGUGCUUGGAGCAGCUUCAGCGGGAGGAGCAGCAGCCCCCUGCUUCACUGCCCCCAACCCCCCGCAUGGCAUUCUCUCCUGCCCCUGACGGCCCAGCCUCCGAGGGUUGGAUGGUGACAUGGAGCAGUGACAGCCUGGCAGUGUCCAGUGGCCAAAAGAGCGGGACCACAGACAGCAUCAGCUCUGCCACCAACUUCAACCCAGACCUUAGAAGACCCAGGUCGGAACCUUCCAGUUACUACAGCAGCGAGUGUCAGAGGGACCUUCCGCUUGCCAAGAAACAUAAGCCCAACCCCGAGACCUUCCAGUCCCGGCCUGACAAGGCAGCAUCCGUACCCCUCAGCUUGGAUCAGCAACAGCUCCACAAGGUGUCGGGAAGCCCCAAGAGCCUGCUUCCGGAGAAUGUAGGUCCAGACAAGGGCCUGGAGGAGGCGGCUGGCCCUGGGGUGCUGCCGCAGACCAAAAUGGAGACGCUCUGCGGGCCUGGAGGAGGCAACAGAGCUCAAAAGUGGAGCUCUAGGGACCUGAGCCUGGUGGGGAUGUCGGACAGGAAGGGGUCUGUCGGCAGCAGCGGCAGCCUUGCUAAGGAGAAGCUGGCCGGCCGACUGCGCUCUCGGGAGCCGCUGAGCCUAUUGACGGUGUCUGAGCGGGAGGUGACGGACGGCGAGUUGUUAGUCUACAGGGAGGACUUAGAGAACCAGGACUGCCUGGCCCACAUGGACAGCCUGCCGGUGAACAUGAUGACGCUGGCAGAGCACAUCAUCGAAGCGACGCCGGAGCGCAUUAAGAGGGAUAAUUUUGUGGCGACUGAUGUGUCGCCCCUGGACAGUGCCGGGCUCAGCAACACCAUGAGCUGGCUGGCCAGUUACCUGGGAGACGUGGAGCACCUGCCCAGCCUUAUACAUCUACGGUCCUUGUACACUGAGCCCCUGACCCCAUCCUCCAACCCCAGCCUCAGCCCAGCAGGUUCCCCAGCGCACGAGGGGCCCCUGGAGAAGCCGGGCCUGCCGUCUCCUGCUGACUGGAGCGACUUUCUCAGCGCCUCUAACAGCAAGGUGGAGCGGGACCUGGCCCAGCUGACCCUCUCGGACCCAGAGCAGCGGGAGCUUUAUGAGGCCGCCCGCCUGGUGCAGACUGCCUUUCGCAAGUAUAAGGGGCGCCCGCUCCGAGAGCAACAGGAGGUAGCAGCUGCCGUCAUUCAGCGCUGUUACAGGAAAUACAAACAGCUGACAUGGAUAGCCUUGAAGUAUGCACUUUAUAAGAAGAUGACGCAGGCCGCCAUCCUUAUCCAGAGUAAGUUCCGCAGCUACCAUGAGCAGAAGAAGUUCCAGCAAAGCCGACGGGCUGCCGUGCUGAUACAGCAAUACUACCGCAGCUACAAGGAGUUUGGUCGUUUGAGGCCCCAUCGUCGAGCAGCUGCUGCCGCCUUGGUGCAACACAAACUCAGAAGCAGCCUGCUCACCAAGAAGCAGGACCAGGCUGCACGAAAGAUCAUGAGGUUCUUGCGCCGCUGUCGCCACAGCCCCUUGAUGGACCAUAGACUGUUCAAGCGGGUGAGUGCAGCCUCAGAAACUCAGUAUGUGCUUUCCUCUCUCUUCUCUCUCUCUCUCUCUCUCCCUCUUUCUCUCCCCCCCCCCAAGAUCCUCAUACCCUCCCGCUCCCUCGCUCCAUCUACCCCUGCUCCCUCUGCUCCCCCUGCUUCCUCCAGCCCUUUUACUCAUUUUCUGCCACUUUUGCUUGAUGCCUGCUUGCAUGAUAGCUGCCGACCGGAGCCAGAGAAGAAUUGAGUCCUUUUGAUUGACAGACCUAGUGGUUAGCUAGCUACGAGAAUGACAGUGGCACCUCAGCACUUACCAAGCACUUCCUGUUUCUCUGCUCUAUUUUUAUUUUUCCCCCCUUUGUUGGUGUAAAGAUGCACAUUAUAGGACUAGAGGAUUGCUGAAUGAUGCUGACGUGGCUGCAUGAACACCGACGAACAUGGGCCUUGCUUUUUAACUCGAAGGCAUGCUGUUACUGACGCCACUUCCUGUUUGGGCAGGAUGUUCUCUGAAAAGCCUGGCUGCCUGCUGUUUUUCUUGUUUUGAUGUGGGUGGCUCCUUACCUCCUUCUUGUAGCACCGGAGAUACUGUAGAUUUCGGGGAUGCGGGGGCAAGGUUCUAACCUGUGUAUCUGUUAGCUGGUACUGAAGAAAAGGGCCUGCAACGAGGCACAUUUUGUCUAAGCACCAGUAUGGAGGACGCCCUCGCACUCGGUGGCAGGAGAAUGGGCACCAUGCGACAUGCUGGUGGAGGCCAGUUACGCUAUGUAAAUCUUUAAGCAUCUUCAUGUACGUGGAAUUGUUUGGUAUACGUCAUCGUGGGUUUAACUACAUAAAGCACUUGAAUCCACUGAAAUCGAAGUGGAACGUGUGAAUUCGGCUGCGUCCAACGCAAGGCUUACGGAGUUUUCAAAGCAAAUGACCAUUCUCUGUUCACCUUGAUGGCUCCUUUGGACAGCAUCCAGCAAAUUUUUUUAUGUCUGUGGGUUUAAAAAUUGUUUAAAUGUGUUAUUUUUCUGGUCAUGUCAGACACAAGAUAUCCCGAUUUACAUUUAUGUAUUUAGCAGGCGCUUUUCUCCAAAGUGACCUCCGAUGAACUCUAUGUAGUG